AUGUCAACCUUUUCCAAACUCCUGAGAGGAAAGGAAAAGCUUGAGGCUUUUCUGAGGAAAUACCCCGAAAUUCCUUAUGCAGUGGCGACUGUAGUUUUUUCGGAACUGGGAUUUCCAUACAUUCUGCUCCCUGAGAUUCCGGCCAUUAUGAGAUACCUCCGCCGGCUGUGGGAGACGCCAACCUGGAGGGAGGUUGUGUCCUCACUACUCCAGUCCGGCAACAUCCUCUUGUUUGCUUUGCUCUACCUGGCGUUUCACCUUCUCUGCUCUAUGAUUAAGAAGAAGAAGUUGACAACAUGGUUGGCAGUGGGCUUCCUCACCCGCCGGGUGAUCAAGCUGUGCCCAAAGGAGUUCAGGUCGGAGCACUCGUGGACCUUGUGGGUCGGUAACCCGAUGGCCAACUCCGAGCAAGAGGAUUGGGGCGGCUCACUUUGCCCGAUUUACACCUUCUCUACUGUGAAGGGCUUUUGGAGUCUGUAUAACAACAUGCACCAUCCGAGCAAGUUGACUCCCGGUUACGAUUAUUAUAUAUUCAAAGAGAAUAUUGAGCCAGAGUUGGAGGAUCCUGCUUGUUCUGAUGGAGGGAAAUGGACUCUGACAUUUUCUACUGGGAGAUCUGAUCAAUCCUGGUUGCAUACAAUACAAGCACUGGUCCAAGAACAGUUUAAUCAUAGAUAUGAAAUAUGUGGAGCAGUUAUCAGUUUAAGAGAUGGGCAAGAAAAGAUUGCUCUUUGGACCAAGAAUGCAGCAAAUGAGGCGGUUCAGGUGAGCAUUGGCAAACAAUGGAAAGGCUUCCUUGAUAGCAAUGAAACUAUUUGGUUCACGUUUCAUGAAGAUGCUAGGCAAGUUGGGAGCUAUGCCAAUGAUAGAUACACAGUGUGA